AGCAGCAGCAGCAGCCAUGGCGUCCGGGGAUCCCUUGCAGGGGCUCCGCGAGGAGGCGACUUGCUCCAUCUGCCUGGAUUACUUCGCGAGCCCGGCCACCAUCGACUGCGGCCACAGCUUCUGCCGAGCCUGCCUCGUCCAGUACUGGGCAGAGUCCGGCGCGGGCCCCUCCUGCCCUCAGUGCAGGGAAGCGACCCAGCAAAAGAUCCUCCGGCCCAACUUGCAGCUGGCCAACCUGGUGCAGCUGGUCAGGCAGCUCAAGGCGGACGCGGGAGAGGACGCGGGAGAAGCGAGCCCGGCCUCCUGCAGCGACGACCCAGCCCUGCUCUGGGCGGAGGGCGACCGAUCCAAGGGGGAUCAGCCGGCCCACCACGACUCCUCUCUCGCAGAAGAGGCUUCCCUGCAGUAUAAGAGGAAGAUCAAGUCCCACCUGACAUAUCUGAAAAAGGAGAGAGAAAAGCUGGUGAACCUGAAACUUGCUGAAGAGCUGGGGAGACAGGAGUGUCUGAUGUUGUUUGAAACGGAGAAGAAGAAAGCCCGGUCUGCCUUUGAGCGAAUGCAGCAGUUCCUUGUGGAGAAACAGCACCUCUGGCUAGGCCAGCUCGAAGAUCUGGAGAAAGCGAUGGAGAGGAAGCAGGAGGAGAACCUCACCAAACUCUCCGAGGAGAUUUCCCGGCUCAACGAGCUGAUUGCGGAGAUGAAAUGGAAGUACCUGCAGCCCGCCAGCGAAUUGUUACAGGACACCGGAAGUUCCUUAAGCAGGUACGAGAAGAAUUUGGGAGGGCAUGCGGUGGUCCUUUCUCCGAGGCUGGAAGAGAAGCUCAGAGUUUUCUCGCAGAAAAAUGCUGCUUUGGAGAAGGCUAUGGAGAACUAUAAAGAAUCUCUGGAGCAAGUUCUGCAACCAGCAGAUUAUUUGAAGCAAACCUUGCAGAAAGCGAAUGUGACUCUGGAUCCGGACACGGCCCACCCCUUCCUCAUUCUGUCUCAGGACCUGAAGGGCGUGCGAAGAGUUCAGAGGGAGCAGGACCUGCCUUUCAACCCCGAGAGAUUUGACACCAUGCCCUACGUGCUGGGCUGCGACAGAUUCACUUCGGGAAGGCACUGGUGGGAGGUGGAGGUGUGGGGCAAGGCCACGUGGGCCGUGGGGGUGGCCACGGAGUCAGUCAGGAGGAAGGGGGGCGUCGACAUCAGCCCCCACCAGGGGAUUUGGGCCAUGGGGAAGCCGCCCUGUUACUCCCCCUCCCCCUGCCAGUUCUUGGCUUUUACUUCCCCUCAGACAACUGACCUGACCUUGAGGAGAGAGCCCAGGAAGAUCCGCGUGGCCCUGGAUUGCGAGGCGGGCUGCGUGGAGUUUUCCGACGCCGACACGGAGGAAUUCAUCUUCGCUUUCCCUCCCAGAUCGUUCUUCGGGGAGAAAAUCCGGCCCUUUCUGCAGGUGUGCUGCGACGUCAGCUUGAAAUGCUGAAGGCCGCCGUGAAACGCUAACUUAUACGGGGCCACCGCCCUGAGAGGAGCAAAUUCUCUCUGGAACUCGCCUGAGGGGCUACAGGCCUGCUGGGUUUUCCCCAGGGAAAACUUCUCCGUUCUAGAUGGCAAGAUUCUUCCAUCUGCAGAAAAGAAGAGGCAGCAAAUGGAAACAGCCUGGGUUUGAGGGUCCCUUUCGUUAACAUUCUUUGAAAUGAUCAUUCUAAACAAAUUAGGAAGAAGAAGCAGCUCCAAAUAGGUUAAAGGGGGUAUUGAUCCUGGGACAUGAAAGGCUUUAUCUCCGAGUGGGUGGUUGUCCAACUUUGGUCCCCACCUUGCGCUCAACUCUCACCUGUGGCUCCUGUCAGCCUGGGACAGCGGCCACACCCCGAGAACGGCUUCAACAGGCCGACUAAAAACCAGGUGAGGGGAGCCAAUGGGUCUCAAACCCCUCGGUGAGUUAGGGACUUCUCCUGCGCGUGAAGGCAGGCUCCAGUGGAUUGAGCAGAGGAGACCAAGAGUGGAUCCGGUGGUCUAGAACAGUGUUCCCCAACCUUCGGCCUUUAGCUGUUUUUGGACUACAGCUCCCAUCAUCCCUAGCUAGC